AUGUCUCCCUCACCUUCACGUACAGUUCCCCCUUCACUUGGCCAAUCGUUAUUCAGGCGACAAAGCUGGCAGCGGACGCGCGAUGAUGAUGACUCAGACGACGACGAUGACGACGAUGACAAUGGCUCUUCCACUUCCACUUCUCAUUCAAAGUCGCCGCAAUCGACCCACUCGCAAUCGUCUCAGCAUGACGGGCAUAAUUCCAGCCAAGUCACCUCUGGCACUGGCACAAGCCAUGCUGGUGCUAUUGCCGGCGGAGUCAUUGCAGGUAUUAUUGUCCUAGCUAUCCUUGCGUUCUUCUGGUGGAGAAGACGGUCGUCGAGAAACAGACCCAACGUGAAGAUAGAGAUAGACCCCAUGUCAACCUUGAACGGCGAAGCCUACGCUUGGAAAACAACUGCACGAAAAGCCGAAGAGCAAAGUCUUAUUCACGAACGUAGCUCUACUGUUGGCGCUGAUUUAUCACCUCGCCCAUCUCAGCCGCAGUUUUGGCAAGUGCACAAUGUCGAUGAUGUGACUGAUAACAUGCACGACGCACCGAUUCCGCGAAGUGUACCCGGUGUCGGGAACACGCCUGUCGUUUCGAAUAUUUCUUCUGGAAAAACACCUGGAGAAAAAUCCAGAAACGCUACCUCGACAAUUAACUUGAUACCAGUUCCAGAAAAGGAUUUUCGAGAUUACCGUGUUGGCAAUGCCAGCGCCAGUAGCUCGAAGGCUGGAUCGCAGAGCCCAUAUAGCUCUAGCGACAGCACUAAGGGUACCACCGAGAAAGACGGUUACUCGACGGUCAAAGGGGGCUCUACAUUGCACGACUCACCGGGUCCAUCUGCGUGGAAGGAGAAGGAAGGGCUGAAGCAGACAUAUGACAUCCCCGUGAGCGAUUCUAGGAGUCAAAGGUCCACGCGUCGUUUGUCGGAAUCGGAGGCGAAUGACCUAGCUUUGGCGGCCAGAGAGGAAGUGACGGACUUGAGACGGCGGGUGGAACUCCUGAAGCAAGAAAAUGCCGAGUUGACAAGGAGGAAUUCUGGAGAUUCCUCUGAGAGACUCCCUGCUUAUAAUGAGUAG